AUUAAAAAAACGCUAAGUUCCGAGCUCCAUUGACUCUGGUUAUAAAAAUAGUGAGUAAAUUUUUAAAAGCCUGUAAUUAUGAGUGCAAUUAUUGGUACGUAUUUGUAAGAAGAAGAAGAAGAAAAAAUGAAAGGCAAAAGAAGAAAUAAACAAAUGCCUACAAGUGAGAAAUUAGCCACUUAAACUCAAUAUAAUGUAAUGUAUGAAUGAAUUUAUUUUAUUUAUAUACAAAUUAACAUAUAUAUAAGGACUAAAGUUUUAUAUUUGUAUAUUAGGGUCAUAGGAAGAAGCGAGGAAUAGAAGCCUGCGUACAGUUCAUACAGUUUGCGAGUGAAGCAUACGCACACUAUUGAUAUGAGUAGGGGAAUAAAUAAAUGCUCGUCCCUGAAAUAGUGUCUCAACUCUACUCGCAACGUGCUGCUCUCUCUACUCAACAGAAAUCUGGCUUUCUGUCUCUGUUUUCCUCCCACCGGCAUCAACAUCAUCAACAUCCAGCUCUCUCAGUAUACUCAGUAUCUGUUGGUCUUUCAUGUUACCGAAUGGGAAAUGGAAAUGAAUCCCUGUCGUUUAUCCAAGCUCCAAGCUGUACUGUGCUUAAGUUAAGGCAGUUGAGGCUUGAGUGAGGAGAGGACCCUGCGUUAGGCGAUAAUACCACAUAGUAUGUCUAGUGUGUAGUGUUUUAUAUUUGGUGUAGUUUAGCAUCAUCAUCAUCAUCAUCAUCAUCAUCAUCAACGCACAAUCCCACUACACUGCUCGCAAUUGCAGUUCAGACAUCUGACAUCAGUUCGCUGAGGACCGUGAUCGUGAAACGUAACCGUGAUCGUGAUCGUGACCAUGCCAGCGAUUAAGGAAGAUUUCUAUACGGGUUUUCAUACUUUUGAAAAACUAUCUGAUACUGUUGGGUUACCUGUUGAUCAGACAAAUUUCGUCCUGAGUCAGUUUACUGCUCUAUUUUUCGCCGGAAUUUUGAGAGUCUUCCUAAAACCAGGUCUUGUUGCUCCAGCGACCCGACAUCUGUUUGGUCUUGUUAUUGGACUUCUUCUGGGAUACUUUUGUUUUGGCAAACAAGCUGCUCAUCUGGCAGGAUUACCGGCAUUAUGCUUCAUUGCAAUGCGUACUCAGGACCCAAGAUGUGUGCAAAGAGUUGUCCUCACUCUGGCUCUCGGGUACCUUUCUUGUGUACAUUAUUACCGGCAAAUUUAUGCAUACGGGUCAUAUACACUUGACAUUACUGGUCCGUUAAUGGUAAUAACUCAAAAAGUAAUUGGAUUGGCUUACAAUAUCCACGAUGGAUUUUCAAGAUUAGAAAAAGAUUUAACGCCUCUACAACGGCACCAAGCAGUUAAAAUAAUGCCAACAACAUUGGAAUACUUUAGUUACAUAUUCCACUUUCAAGCAUUGAUGGCCGGCCCGGUAAUAUUUUACCGUGACUACAUAGAUUUUAUCCACGGAACUAAGUUGAAAGGAGCUAAAUCAUUUUCCGGAUUUUAUGAUGAUUCAUCUAAAGAGCCAGAAGAAAUCGUGCUAGAGCCGUCGCCCACGAAAGCGGUGAUAAAGAAAAUAACGGCAAGUCUGACAUUCGCUGUACUGUUCGUGUCAUUUAGUUCACUGUACCCAAUCCAGCGAGUGAAAGAGCAAGACUUCCUUGAGAACACAACUUGCGCUUACAAAAUAUGGUACCUGAUGAAUUCAAUGAUCUUCGUACGUUGCAAGUAUUACUACGCGUGGCUGUUCGCCGACGCGAUAUGCAACAACUCGGGAAUGGGAUACAAUGGACGAGAUGAAGACGGCAAUGAUCACUGGGACUUGAUCUCCAAUGUUGAUCCCAUUAAAUUCGAGCUUUCGUUGAGUUUGAAAGACGCGAUCUCUUCCUGGAAUAUCGGGACCAAUAGAUGGUUAAGGAUGAUCGUUUAUGAUAGAAAUGGACCAUUUAAAGUAUUUGCAACCAAUGGUUUGUCUGCCCUCUGGCAUGGAUUUUACCCUGGUUACUACCUCACCUUUGCUACUGGAGCACUCUUUACACACGCCGCUCGUGCCGUCCGCCGGGCUAUCCGGCCCUAUUUCAUUGGAAGCAAGCCGAUGAAAUUUUUUUACGAUGCGAUGACAUUCACUGCGUCUCGUAUUGCUAUGGCCUACCUCUCAUUCAGCUUUGUGCUGUUAGAAUUGAAACCAAGUUUUAAUGUUUAUAAGUCAUUGUACCUGAUUCCACAUUUGCUAGCUCUGGCAGCAAUUGUUAUAUUGCCUUUACUUCCGGUACGUCGACCCAGUCAAAACGGACAUGUUAAACCCUCGGAUAAUGGUCAUGUGAAUUACAUCACCGGUCAUCAACCGGAAGUCCGUAAUGGAACAUCAAAAAAUAAGACGGAGUAGAGAAUAUUAGAUUGAACUAAUUUCUCUACCUAAAUUAUUAGUAGUUACUCAUAUGUAUGUACAUAUACUCACAUACGUACAUAUAUAUUUUUAUUUGAUAUUUAAAAUAUAAUUAAUAACUGUUAAUAUGAUAGUUUACCUCCAGAUAUAUUUUAAUUAAGUUAGAGAUAUUUUUAAAGCUAAGUGAUGAACGAAAAAAUUUAUUUACAAAAGUGACAAAAUAAAUUAUAUAGAAAUAAAUAAUUGAAAUUAUCUGUGACGAGUUUAAAGUUAUAAAUAAUAACUAAUUUUUUACUGUAUUCAAAUGAAUAAAAUAAAUAUUUUAUAAUAUUCAUG